GAAGCGCCCUGGAGCGGGUGCGCGAGUUCCUCAGGCCGACCGAGAGGCUGCCCGCAGGCGACAGCAAGCACGAGAGGAAGAAGCUGCCAGACGGGCACACGAGGAGGCUGCACAGCGAGGCGUGCAUGAUGUCGUCAAGCAGCACUACAAUAUGGUGCCGGAGCGAGGCCGCGAGUGGCGCAACACGGACAGCAAGAUCAAGGGACUGCGCAGCUUCAACAAUUGGGUCAAGUCGUCCAUCAUCCAAAAGUUCAUUGGCGAGGAGCGAAACCUCAAGAUCUUGGAUGUCGGGUGUGGCAAGGGCGGCGACUUGGGCAAGUGGGAGAAGUCGAGAAAGGUCGAGCUCUACGUUGGCUGCGAUCCGGCAGACGUGUCCAUCCGGCAGGCCAGAGAGCGGUUCACGCAGAUGCAGAGGAAGAACCGACGUCUGUUCCACGCCGAGUUCUACGCCAAGGACUGCUUUGGCGAGUGGCUCGGGGACAUUCCCAUCAUCAAGGAGGUGGGCAUCGAUGCCGGUGCAGGACAGGGCAACGCUAUGAGCCAGCGCUGGGGGGGCGGUGGCUGGGACAUGGUCACGAUGAUGUUCUGCAUGCACUAUGCGUUUGAGAGCGAGGCCAAAGCCAGGGGCAUGCUACGCAACGUGGCGGGCGCGCUGAAGAAGGGCGGGCGCUUCAUUGGCUGCAUUCCCAACUCGGACGUGCUGUCGCAAAAGGUGAUUGAGCACCACAAGGCCAAGGGCACGGCGCCCCCGGAGACGAAUGGCGGUGCCGAGGACGACGAUGACCGCCCGACGUUUGCAAGCGACGACGAAGACGACUGGGACCCCGAAAAGAGCCUCGACAGCCCAAAGCCCGGCGAGACGGAGCACGCGAAUGGCGCCAAGGCUGCCGAGGCAAAGGACAAGGACAAGGCAAAGGAGGAGCAGGAAGAUGGCGAGGUUGAGGAUGAAGGAUUCAGCUGGGGCAACAGCAUCUACAGUGUCAAGUUUCCUGGCAAGACACCCCCCGACGGCACGUUCCGCCCGCCGUAUGGGUGGAAGUAUUCAUACUGGCUGACGGAGGCUGUCGAGGCGCCCGAGUACGUUGUGCCAUGGGAGGCGUUCCGUGCGCUGGCCGAAGACUUCAACCUCGAGCUGCAAUACCGCAAGCCGUUCAGGGAGAUUUGGGAGGAGCAAAAGGACGAUCCGAUCCUGGGUCCGCUGAGUGAAGUCAUGAAGGUUAGGGAUCGUGCGACGGGCCGGCUGCUGACUUCAGACGAGGAGCUGGAGGCUGCAGACUUUUAUCAUGCGUUUUGUUUUUACAAGGUGUGAAGGGGGGGGGGUAGUAUGGUGGGUGGGCGCUGUGGUUCUGGGAUGCAUCUCUCGGGGGUAAUGAGGGGGGAAGGACAUGUACGAUGUACAGGACAUGUACGAUGUACAGGACAUGGGCAGAUGUAC